GGAUCACGGGAGAAGGUGCUGUUCCUUUAAGGGGGAGGGCGCUCCGACCGGCGCAGCCAAUCAGGAGGAAGCUGGUUUACAGGAAGGGAAAAGGUGGCUGCUGGAGCUGGGAGCAUGUUUUAUCAUAUAUCUUUGGAGCAUGAAAUUUUGCUGCAUCCACGUUACUUUGGGCCUAACCUCCUCAACACUGUGAAGCAAAAGCUGUUCACCGAAGUGGAGGGGACCUGCACUGGAAAAUAUGGCUUUGUCAUUGCCGUGACCACGAUUGACAACAUCGGUGCAGGGGUGAUCCAACCCGGCCGGGGUUUCGUCCUUUACCCUGUCAAAUACAAGGCCAUUGUGUUCAGGCCAUUCAAGGGAGAGGUGGUUGAUGCUGUUGUGACUCAAGUGAACAAGGUUGGACUCUUCACUGAAAUUGGACCCAUGUCUUGCUUCAUUUCACGACAUUCUAUUCCUUCUGAAAUGGAAUUUGACCCCAACUCCAAUCCACCGUGCUACAAGACCAUUGAUGAGGAUGUUGUCAUCCAGCAAGAUGAUGAGAUCAGACUGAAGAUUGUGGGGACCCGCGUAGACAAGAAUGAUAUAUUUGCCAUUGGGUCACUCAUGGAUGACUACUUGGGUCUUGUCAGCUGAAGAACCACUUCUUUGCCGCUGUUCCCUUUUCUUCCAAAAACCAGAUGUCAUCCUUGCGUGGAAUCACAACCUAUGGCUGUAUUUAUAGAAUGUGUCUUAUUUUCCUCAUAAUUGGCACAUGUCGGCUGAUUCCUUUUUUCAUUAAACUGUUCUUGUUUUGCA